GAGAUUGUAUUCAAAUGCAUGCAUGGAAGUGGGUUGGCUUCUAAAUGAUUCUCUGCUACAAAGAACAAGUUCUCUUCUUGAGUACAGAGAGAAUGGAAAGAAAGCUAUUUCCCCUAUUCAAACCCAUUAGGGAUGGCCCUAGUUAGAUUUGCACCACCAGACUCCAAACCCAAUUCCAGAUAUUGAAAUCUGAAUUGCCCAGAUUCGCACUAUCCAUUGAUUCAUCGUCUUAUUACCUUUUCUUUUUUUAAUUUUUUUCGUUCAAUUGAUUGGAAAAUCUAAUGCCUUUUAAAAGCUUGUAGUGUAAAUCUGUCCUUAUGUUAGUUUUGGAGUGAUCUAAUUUCAUUUUUCCAGUAGUCCUUGGGAUAAUCUUUUGUUUCAAUUAUUUUCUUUUUGUUUGUCUGGCCUAGUGCCUCUUGGUGGCAUCUACCUUGUUACAUUUUUUAUUCACCUGAAAAAAAAAAAAAAAAAAAAACCCCUGUAAUUGAGAGAAGUUUUUGUCUGUCAUUGGUUUGAGAUUGGAUUCACUUUGGGUUUUACCAUUUGAAGUCAGCACCUCAGAUCAUAUAUAUAUAUAGCAAUGGACAAAGAAGAACAAAACUACUCGGAGGGUCUUCCUGCCAGCUUUACAUCCUUGGAUUACACUCUAGAUCAUCAUCACCAGCAGCAACAACAGCUCAUUAACCCACGCUUCGGAGAAAAUUCCAGUGACAGCAAUGCUGGUAUGGUGGACUACAUGUUGAGCAACCCUCCACUUCAACAACCAUCACCAGGUUUCUGCAGUGUUUCCUCUCUAGACAGAUUAAGCUUUGCCGACGUGAUGCAAUUCGCUGAUUUUGGACCCAAAUUAGCCUUAAAUCAGACCUCUAAGAUCUCAGAUGGAGAGAAUGGAAUUGAUGACCCAGUUUACUUCCUCAAGUUCCCAGUUUUGAGUGACAAAUUGCAGGACCAUAGUCUCAUGAUUCCUCCACCAUCAACCACAAUUGAUGAUGAUAAGUUUCAAGGUGGUAGUAUGGAAAGUAAGGCAACAACAGUAGCUGAAGAAGAGGAAAGGGAGGAAGAAGGCGGCGGCGGCGGUGGCGGUGGCAGUGGCCAGCUUUCUGAGAAUACAUCUGUGCAGCGGCUUCGAAUUCUUGGAGGAAUAAGCCUUCAGAAAAACCCUAAUGGUGGUGAAGUCAAGAACAAGCGAAAGCGGCCGAGGACUAUCAAGACUAGUGAAGAAGUUGAGAGCCAAAGGAUGACUCAUAUUGCAGUUGAACGCAAUCGAAGGAAGCAGAUGAAUGAGCACUUGAGAGUCCUGAGGUCUCUAAUGCCUAGUUCUUAUGUUCAAAGGGGAGAUCAAGCAUCAAUUAUUGGUGGUGCAAUUGAGUUUGUGAGAGAACUAGAGCAACUACUUCAAUGUUUAGAGUCUCAGAAGAGGAGAAGACUAUAUGGAGGUGGUGAGGCUCCAAGACCUAUGGGAGAUUCACCUCUAACAACUUCACAGACUCAGCCACCAUUCUUUCCUCCUAUCCCUCUUCCUAAUGAUCAAAUCAAGCUUGCAGACUUCGAUACCGGAGUCAUACUCCGCGAGGAAACAUCAGAGAAUAAAUCUUUCUUAGCUGAUGUUGAUGUUAAGCUUUUAGGUUUUGAUGCCAUGAUCAAGAUCCUAUCUCAAAGAAGACCAGGGCAGCUCCUCAAGACAAUAGCCGCUCUUGAAGAUCUGCAACUUAGUAUCCUUCACACCAACAUCACCACCAUUGAACAAACAGUUCUCUAUUCCUUUAACGUCAAGGUUUCAGGCGAAUCAAGGUUUACAGCAGAUGAUAUCGCGAAUUCGGUUCAACAAAUAUUCAGUUUCAUCCAUGCAAGUACCACUACCACCACCACCAAUACCAUAUGAUGCUGUAACAAAAUCUAACUCUCUUGAUCUCUUGAGGUGGCCUUGUUCCUUAGUGAAAUAAGAUAUUAUUAUUACUUGCUAUGUAUUAUGAGUUUUUUGUCUGGAAGAGCCCAUUUGCUAUGAUUCUAUCAGUGUUUACCCAUAUAAUCAUGUGAGAGUUCUGGUGGAGAAGAACAGAGAAAGGUAGGUACGGGGGGAGGG